AGGUAUCCAGAUAUGAAUCUUCUUGCCACUACUAAAAGUUGAUCUGCAAUUAUUGAAAUUAACUUAACAACCCCCGUCCUUUCCUCGCAUAAGCCAUUAAUUACAGAAUCCAGAGUGGCUGAAGAAGAAAGGCAAAAAAAAAAGGAAAAAAAAAAGAGUAAUAAUAAUAAUAUAAUCUAAAAGGAAGAAAAAUGGGAAUAAUUACAAUAAUAAUAGUAGUAAUAAUAGCCAUUAGUUUACUAAAAAGGUAUCUUCAAUGUGGUUUUUCUUCCGACAGUGACACCCCUGCGGGUGUCAAGCUUGUGUUAAACACAUUUCCGGUAGAUUCAAGGGCAGUACAAGAUGGGGAUGGUGUAAUAGUCUAUGUUAGUGUUAGCAUCUCAGAUGCCCCCAAAAAGGUUGUAAUGGCGGCUGUCAAAUGCAAUGAAGCGCGUGCUGCGAGGAACUAUGACAGAGCAUAUGCAUUGCAUAAGCAAAUUAAAGAUGCAGGAUAUGGGGUGCUAUAUAUCAAUCGUAGGCAAAUGCUAGCACGAAAGUAUCGAAUUAGACUAAGGGGAAUAGAUGCGCCUGAAAACGCAAUGCCUUACGGAAAAGAGGCUAAGGAUGAGCUGGUGAAGAUAAUCUCUGGGCAGUGCUUGAAAAUUUUGGUCUAUAAUGAAGAUCAGUAUGGUCGUUUUGUUGGGGAUAUCUACUGUAAUGGCAUCUUUGUGCAGAAAUUAAUGCUGAAGAAAGGACUUGCGUGGCACUACACUGCCUAUGACAACCGGCCGAAAUUAGCAAAGUGGGAGAAAUGUGCCAGAGAUAAGAGAAUCGGGUUGUGGGCUUCAUCGAAUCCUGAAAUGCCAUGGAAAUGGAGGAGGAACCAUCCUGAACAAAGAUAUUAAACUCUGAAAUAGGGCUGUAAGAACCUUAAUCUCGGUAGGUACUCAAAUUGUUAGAAUUACUUUAAGGUGUGAAUUUAUGUUCUUAAUUAGCCCAUGUAUGCUAUCUGACCAUCAAACAGAUCUAGAUAGAUUUGCUAAUAUGGGUAUGUUGUAUUGUAACAAUUAUGCUAUGGUUAUGCCAGUUGGCAAAGUAGGUCUAACGUUCACUGUC